GAGAUGCAUACAGCUUAAAACGAUAAGCGCUACAGGCCUACAGUCAUUUUGGCUCAGCUGACCAGCCCAUCGCAAUUUUGGAUAGUUAACCACAUUAUUGAAACAAUUCAAACAAGAUUAAUAAUUUUGUGCCUGUUGAAAUGAACGCAAAAUGAUAUACAUACGCAAACCCGGGGUGCGCUUGUGUAAUAUAAUACUUAUAAUUAUUAGAUACAGUAUUCUGUUUUCAUUAUUACAUGAAAAUAUACGAGUAUAACAGUCGAACAUUUUAUGUCAUUAUUACGGCCAUUAUGCUUACAAUUGUUAACGAUGCAGUAGUAUUUAUUAAAAGUGCUCGAUUCACACGGUUAGUAUGCAUUUGAUGCGCUAGGUGAAUAAUGGUCACUGUUACAAAUUCAGUGUACUUGCAACAGGGAACCAGUAUGCCGCACUCUUUAUGCGCAGUUGUUAUUUCAUCUUUGUGGGGUCAUCCGUCAUAAUAAUUUCAUUUUUGUGUGGUCAUCCGUCAUAACCUCGGUGCGUUGCUAACAUGGACAAACUUAAAGAAGCCUGUUGCGGCAAGAAGAGUCAAAACGAGGAAACCAAGUGCACGAGGAGGUCAAAAUGGAAUCCAUGCUGGUCCGAUACCCGACAUCAUCAUCCCAUUCCGAAGGGCGGGCCUCCCUUACAGAUAUACGAAUUACGACGCGGUUCUUGCGAUCCAAGAACUGGAGCUCCAAAACCAGGAUGCCACAUCGAUCAGGGAGAGCAUAUUUGUCAUAAAUACGCUUACGUCACACUGGCUACCAAUGAUACGUACGCACUAGGAUGUCUUGUUCUGGGCGAAUCUCUUAGGCGAGUGCAAACCCAGCACGAAACCGUGGUUAUGGUGACCCGUCAUGUUUCAAGCAAUAUGAAAGCCGCUCUGUUCCAGUUUUUCAACUACGUUGUGCAGUAUGAUAUUUUGGAUAGUAAAGAUGCGGCUAACCUCGCUCUUUUGGAGCGACCAGAACUUGGCGUGACCUUUACUAAACUGCACUGUUGGACACUAACAGCAUAUCAGAAAGCCGUAUUCCUGGAUGCCGAUACGAUGGUUGUGCGAAACUGCGAUGAGAUAUUCGAAAAUUAUGAUGAAUUUUCUGCUACACCGGAUAUUGGAUGGCCGGAUUGCUUCAAUUCAGGAGUUUUCGUUUACACACCCUCUAUGAAAACUUACGAGACCUUGAUAAAUUUUACCAAAACCAACAGGAGUUUUGAUGGCGGAGACCAAGGCAUACUGAAUAUGUUCUUCAAUGACUGGCCAACAGCAGAUAUUAAAAAGCAUUUGCCUUUUAUUUACAACAUGGUUGCUUCCAUCAAUUAUUCCUACCGACCGGCAUUUCGCUUUUUUUCACAAAGCGUGAAGAUAGUUCAUUUUCUUGGAGCUAAAAAGCCCUGGAAUGUGUAUUACGAUGUGAAAAAACAGUCAAUACAAAGCAUUCACGGAUUGCCCAAUGACACCGGCGACUUAGUAAAAUUUUGGUGGAAAAUAUUUAUGGAAGGUGUGCUACCGCAAAUCGGAAAUGAUAUGGCUGGGGAUGCUAGCCACAUCAUUAAUCGAUGCAGAGAAAUGUUCGCAACUCCUGAUAGCGAACAUAAAGAGACGUCUGCAGCCGGUGAACAAAAUGAAGCCAAUAUGGAUACCUAUGCCGAUGUGAGAAGUAUUAUACUGGCGGAAGUAUCUUGAAAAUAUUAUAGCCUCUUUUCUUGUGGCUUUUACAAGUUUUACCAGUUAAUGAAGACACAAAAUAUAUUGGGUCAGAUUUCGUCAGUGUGAUUGUUUGGAUGUUCGUCCAACUUAAUUGUGAUUCGGAUUUUAUCUUUUAACUGUUUAGCUUGGAUUUGUGUAAAGCUGGAAACAUUUGUCAAAUAACUAGCUAAAAGUACCGACACUCGAUUAAUUUUAUUAAAUAUGCUG